UUCUAUGAUUGGACGGGUGCAUUUUCGGUCUGCGAUACUCCCUUUGCAGGCCAGGGGCGUGGACCUCAGGCUGCAGGCUGAGAGCAGCUAUCUGUUACCGUCUCUCAUCCCUAGCAGCUGUAGGGAUAAUUUGCUGCUGCGUUUUUUUUUCCUGCUCAGGAGAUAUUUUAAAGACGGCAUGACACACAUCUUCUGAGGGUAGGGGAAAAUCUUCUUCUCAACAUGUUUUCAGAAAACAUUUAUGUUAACACAAACUUCAAAAAUAAAUUUGACUCCUCAGACAUCAACACAGACUUUCGGCCAGCUCCCCAAAAGAAGAACACAUCUCAGAAAAGUUGUCACAAAUUCUCUAAGGUCCUCUUUACCUCACUCAUCAUCUAUUUCCUGCUGUUGAUGAUCUUAUUCUCCAGUGUUCUGAUCACUUUGUUUACAAAAUAUUCUCAGCUUCUUGAAGAAAGAAGAAUUAUAAAAGAACUGAACUAUACUGAACUGGAGUGUACAAAAUGGGACUCACUCUUGGAAGUUCCUUCUUUCCCCAAAGACAAAGUCUGGAGCUGUUGCCCAAAGGACUGGAAGCCAUUUGGUUCCCACUGCUACUUCACUUCAACUGACUUGGUGGCAUCUUGGAAUGAGAGUAAGGAGAACUGCUCCCACGUCGGUGCUCAUCUGGUGGUGAUCCACAGCCAGGAAGAACAGGAUUUCAUCACUGGGAUCCUGGAUACUCAUGCUGCUUAUUUUAUAGGGCUUUCGGAUCCAGGUCAUCAACAAUGGCAAUGGAUUGAUCAGACACCAUACAAUGAUAAUGCCACAUUCUGGCACAAUGGUGAGCCAAGCACUGACAACGAACAAUGUGUUACAAUAAAUCAUCGUUCGGGUACUGGAUGGGGCUGGAGUGCUAUCCCUUGCAGUGAUAAACAGAAUUCAGUUUGUCAUGUGAAAAAAAUAUAUUUAUGAAUCACACAUUCUCGACAGCUAUUGGAUUGUAUUGCUAUCCACCACUAUGCAGAUGCUUCUUUAUGUAUGCAGAAAGUUCUUCAUGUGGAACAGAGGUCCACAGAAGUUUAGGUAAUGGUUUUACAUAUGAUAAUACUGUUACAUAUGCAAACUUACUUGGUCAUUCAUCAUUCUCUUAUAUAAUGAGAAAUUUCCACAUACCAGAGACUAUAUAGGAGACUUUUUUGUGCAUAUGUGGAAGCAACAAACCUCCCUGCUCAUUCUCAGGUUCGCAAAGUGUCUUAUUUGCUAAUAGGAUUAGAUGGUUUAGUUCUUCUACCCAUCUCUCUUUCUUUCUCAAUCUCUCUCUCUCUCUCUCUCUCUCUCUCUCUCUCUCCCUCUCUCUCUGUUUUCUCUGUCUUUGAUGUAUAAUUGACAAAUAAAUCAUGUUACAGUGUUUUGACUUGAUGUGGAAAUAUAUUGUGGAGAGGCUACCACAAUUAGGUUGACAACAUCUGCUGCUUCUUCCACAGUUGCCACAGUGUGUGUGUGUGUGUGUGUGUGUGUGUGUGUGUGUGUGCAUGUGUGUAUGUGUGUGUGUGCUUUUAGAAUAUUUAAGAUCUUCUUAAACAAGUCCUGACACACAGGGUGAUAUCGUUAGCUAUUGUUGCUUUGAACCUCAGUAUUAACUCAUGUUUCCUCUGGCAGUUUGUACCCACUUCCGUCAGCAUUUUCUCAUGCAUCUCAAUACCUACACUACCAGGAACCAUACUCAAAUUUCAUCCCCAUGGCUACUCUGUCAGGUUCUAUGGGUGUUGUUUGGCUCUAACAGGUGGCUGAUCCUGAACUGGGUGAACUACAUUAACAGCGAGUUUAAGAAGACAUAACCUUCUCCUAGCCCCUCCAGCGAUUCUUAGUGUCCAGCCUUGGUGCCUGCUGCAUUUGGAACAGCCUUUGCCCUUUGCCCUGUGAAUGGAUGUUGAGGAGACCAAUAUGUCCCAUAGGAAUCUCUAUGUAGCUUAACAUUCUAGAAGCCUUUUCAACUUCUUAUCAUGAAUAUUUUGAAACAGAAAUUGACUGAAUGGUAUCAAUACUCAAAAAACUACCCCAUAUAUUUUUAAUGGUUAUUAACAUUUUGAUAAUUUGUAUAUGGAUAUGUACACAGAUAUGUGUACACAUUUGAUAGGACAUUUGAGAGUUAGUUUUCUACAUAACAGUUAAGUCAAUAUUUCAGCACCAAAUACCAUUAUCACUCUUAGAAAACUUAACAACCUUUUUUUCUGAAAUUAUGUGUGAUCUUGUCCAUAUCUCCUCAGUUGUCCUCAAAUGUUUCUUUGGCUGUUCUAGUAUGCUAUGACCAAAAGUAUCUUAUUUACUACUUGAAGUUAAUCUAAAAUUCAGGCCAUGCCUCUACAAGACUGUCCUCAGUUCAGACUCAAGCCAUAACUUCAGUAGGUCCCAAGGAUGCCUUUACUUAUAAUCAACUCUGCAGAUUUUGAGAAUUCCAUAUCUUAGGAUUUAUAAGUUGCUACAAUGACUCACUGACCUAAUGGUUAUGCUCUACAAGAAUUACCAUUUUAUUAUACCAAAAUAUACAAAUCAGAACUAAAGGGAGAGGCAUACAGGGUGAGGUCUAGGAGGGUCCCAAAUAAGGAACUUCCAUUGAUCUCAUGUAUGUAUUUCCUAGAAUGUUAGUGAAUGACAAUAUACAGAAUAGGCCCACUAGGGGGUUCUCAUCUGAGCUCCGAUGCUCACAGAUUCACAGGGGUUCAUCAUAUAGGCACGAGUGUUGACUGAUCAUGAGAGUGAACUCAGUUUUCAGCUUCACUUCACUACCAGGUGAACAUCUCAUGGCUCAAAGGCUCAUCAUUUUAAACAUACGGUCAGUGUUUCUGAAAUGGUGAGAUCCUAACAUGCAUCAUUGCGUUUGCAUGCUCUAUGAGAGAACCGAGAGGCAUAAAGCUUCAUGUUCUAGCGUGAUAAAACAGACUUUCCAAUAGCUCUAGGAAUCCCAAAGAAUUAGAGAGGCAAUCUCCCAUGACCUGUGUAAAAUUCCAGAGAGAAUCUUUGACAGUCCAACUGUCAUAUGAUAAAAAUGCAGUAGCAAGUGAAUAGGGAAAAGUGCACCAUCACCUUCACAGGAACUCCCAUAGUGCUUCAGGAUAGAUCUCAUGGUUUACGUGACAUGCAUCCUAUUUCAAAUCCAUAUUAUACUAGUUUCCUUUAAUAUCAGAAAGAAAUAUAGCACAAGUUUUAUUAUUUUAUGCUUGUGUUGCAAUGAUUCCUCUCUGUCUGCUCAUGGUAUUAAUGUUCCAUUUUGAAAUCCAAUAACAAGACAUCUAUUGUGUACAUAAUACAAAGGGAUUUGGUGUGGUUGCUAUGAUGUCUCCCAAGGCUUAAAUACUUUCCUGUAAAAAGACUCAUCUUCAAUGCUUUUGACACAUAUCCCUUUAUAUAAAGUAUGUUUUCAACCUUAACUGA